AUGAAUCAACCAAUGAACCAACCCAUGAAUCAAGCAUUUGGAGGUCAACCUCCUAACAAUGUCCACUUAAACCCGUCAUCAGAAAAUUCAAUUCGAUUAUAUGAAAACAUAUAUGAAGGACAACCGA